AUGGGAAUUUCGGGCUUAACCAAAGUCAUAGGGGAUCACGCCCCAGGCGCAAUCAAAGAGAAUGACAUUAAAAACUACUUUGGAAGAAAGGUUGCGAUCGAUGCUUCCAUGUCCAUAUACCAAUUCCUGAUCGCGGUUCGGCAAACGGACGGAAUGCAACUGACAAACGAGGCAGGAGAGACUACAAGUCAUUUGAUGGGGAUCUUUUAUCGUACUAUUCGGAUGGUGGAGAAUGGAAUCAAACCAGUGUAUGUCUUUGAUGGGAAGCCUCCAACGCUCAAGUCGGACGAGUUGAAAAAACGUGGUGAACGUCGUGCAGAAGCCCAAGCUCAAGCGGACGCUGCUACGGAAGCAGGCGACACGGAGAACUUUGACAAAUUCAGCAGACGGACAGUGAAGGUGACAAAAGAGCAUAAUGAGGAGUGCAGAAAGCUUUUAAGGCUCAUGGGGGUACCAUAUAUUGAGGCACCCUGCGAGGCGGAAGCACAAUGCGCGGCCCUUGCUAGGGCUGGAAAAGUCUUUGCAGCGGGCUCGGAGGAUAUGGAUACCCUUACAUUUGGCACACCAAUUCUAUUGCGACAUUUGACCUUUAGCGAAGCUAGGAAGAUGCCGAUUUCAGAAAUUCAUUUGGAUAAAGCGUUGGCUGGCCUUGACAUGACCAUGGACCAGUUCAUUGACUUGUGUAUCCUACUCGGAUGUGAUUACUGCGAUUCUAUUCGAGGUAUCGGACCUCAUCGUGCGGUCACAUUGAUGAAAGAAUGCGGAUCACUAGAAAAGGUUUUGGAAAAGUUGGACCCCAAAAAGUAUAAUAUUUCAGAAGACUGGCCAUAUAAAGAAGCGCGAGAGCUGUUUAAGAAGCCGGAUGUGGUGGAUCCGGUUGAUAUUGAGCUGAAAUGGGAUGAACCUGAUGAGGAGGGUAUAGUAGAUUUCAUGGUUAAGGAGAAGAAUUUCAAUGAGGAGAGGGUACGCACUGCAGUAAAAAAGCUGGCCAAGCUGCAAAAAACCGCGACCCAAGGACGACUAGACGGUUUUUUCAAAGUGUUGCCAAAUUCGGGUGUGGGUAAACGAAAGGCUGAGGAUAAGAAAGGGGGACCUGCAAAGAAGACCGCUGCAAAAAAAGGUGCCGGUGGAGGGAAACCUAGGCGUUAA